GUGUGGCCUAAAACCUAAAGCGCGGCGUACUCGUAGUCGGUUUCUAAAACCCUCUUCUCUGUACAACGAUUCAAACGUUCCUUUGUUUCGGCUCCGGCUAGUGACUGGUAGACGGAAAACAGGUUCCCGGGACCGGGAGAAAGCUAGGGAAAGAAAGCAGAGAGAUACAUGGGGACAUCGGUGCAGGUGACGCCACUGUGUGGAGUGUACAAUGAAAACCCAUUAUCGUAUCUGGUCUCCAUCGAUGGCUUCAACUUUCUUAUCGAUUGUGGUUGGAACGAUCACUUCGACCCCUCUCUCCUUCAACCUCUAUCCAGGAUUGCUUCGACGGUAGAUGCCGUGUUGUUGUCACAUUCAGAUACACUACAUCUUGGUGCUUUACCCUAUGCCAUGAAACAAUUCGGACUUUCUGCUCCAGUUUAUGCAACAGAACCUGUCUUCAGAUUAGGGCUAUUAACUAUGUAUGAUCACUACCUCUCCCGCAAGCAAGUAUCUGAGUUUGAUUUGUUCACACUGGAUGAUAUUGAUUCUGCCUUCCAAAAUGUGACAAGAUUAACCUACUCUCAGAAUUGUCAUUUAUCUGGAAAAGGGGAGGGUAUAGUGAUUGCACCUCAUGUUGCUGGUCACCUUUUGGGAGGUACUGUUUGGAAAAUAACUAAAGAUGGAGAAGAUGUGAUAUAUGCUGUUGACUUCAAUCAUCGAAAAGAAAGGCAUUUAAAUGGAACAGUUUUAGAAUCUUUUGUUCGACCAGCUGUUCUUAUAACAGAUGCAUAUAACGCUUUGAGUAAUCAGCCUUCUAGACGUCAAAGAGAUCAAGAAUUUAUAGAUGCUAUACUGAACACUCUAAGAGGCAAUGGAAAUGUGUUGUUGCCUGUGGACACUGCUGGCCGAAUACUGGAGCUGCUUUUGAUACUCGAACAGUAUUGGGAACAACAUCAUUUGACCUAUCCUAUCUUCUUUCUCACGCAUGUGUCAUCAAGCACAGUUGAUUAUGUCAAGAGUUUCCUUGAGUGGAUGAGUGAUUCAAUAGCAAAGUCUUUCGAGCACACUCGUGAUAAUGCCUUCCUUUUGAAGCAUGUUACUCUUCUGAUCAACAAGACUGAACUAGAAAACAUCCCAGAGGGCCCAAAGAUUGUCCUGGCUUCUAUGGCCAGUUUAGAAGUGGGAUUUUCACAUGAUAUAUUUGUAGAAUGGGCUGCUGAUUCAAGAAAUCUUGUUCUUUUUACGGAAAGGGGACAGUUUGGUAGUCGUGCACGAAUCCUUCAGUCAGAUCCACCUCCUAAAGCUGUUAAAGUAACCCUUUCAAAGAGAGUUCCAUUAGUUGGUGAAGAGUUAGCUGCAUAUGAAGAAGAGCAAGAAAAGAUUAAAAAGGAAGAGGCUUUGAAAGCCAGUCUUGUAAAGGAAGAGGAAUCAAAUUCAAAAGCUGUGGUUGGCACUGAUGUUUCCAAAUCUGACCCAAUGAUCAUUGAUGGCCAUGCUCAAGCUGAUGUUGUUGGGGAAGCAUAUCGUGAUGUUUUGAUUGAUGGAUUUGUUCCACCUUCGAGUGUUGCCCCGAUGUUCCCUUUUUAUGAUGACACCUCUGAAUGGGAUGAUUUUGGAGAAGUCAUUAAUCCAGAUGAUUAUGUGAUCAAGGAUGAAGAUAUGGACAUGGGAUCUAUGGCUGUGGGUGGAGAUGUUGAUGGAAAACUUGAUGAAGGCACUGCUAGUUUGAUGCUUGACACAACCCCAUCAAAAGUUGUAUCUUCUGAACUUACUGUCCAAGUGAAAUGUUGUUUGGUUUACAUGGAUUUUGAAGGACGUUCUGAUGGUCGCUCCAUGAAGUCAAUUCUUGCACAUGUUGCUCCCUUGAAACUUGUUUUGGUACAUGGAUCAGCUGAGGCAACCGAGCAUUUGAAGCAACACUGUCUGAAACAUGUUUGUCCCCAUGUAUAUGCUCCACAAAUUGAAGAAACAAUUGAUGUCACAUCAGAUUUAUGUGCUUACAAGGUGCAACUCUCUGAGAAACUGAUGAGCAAUGUUCUGUUUAAGAAGCUUGGAGAUUAUGAAAUAGCGUGGAUUGAUUCAGAGGUGGAAAAGACAGAGAAUGGCAGCAUCUCUUCACUACUCCCCCUUUCAACAACACCUCAUACUCCUCCUCCUCAUAAGUCUGUGCUUGUUGGAGAUCUAAAAAUGGCAGAUUUUAAGCAGUUCCUUGCUGGAAAGGGUGUCCAGGUGGAAUUUGCUGGUGGGGCUCUGCGUUGUGGGGAGUAUGUUACAUUGAGGAAAGUUGGUGAUGCCAGUCAGAAGGGUGGUGCUGCUGCUAUCCAACAAAUAGUUAUUGAAGGUCCACUGUGCGACGAGUAUUACAAGAUUCGGGAGUACCUUUAUUCCCAGUUUUAUUCACUUUAGUUUUCAUUUUUAAAUUUUAAAUUAUCAAGGGCUCAUGUUCAUGUAAUUUUAUAUUCAAAAUAUUUGUAAUCAGCUCCUCAAGCCUUGUAUUGUAGCAAUUAGAAACAGACCCAACCAAGACAGAUUUUGUGAUUAAAUCCUCCCUAAUUAACUAUAAUUAGAGUUACCACA